AUGGACGCUGGUUUCGAAUCAUUCGAAGUUGAAGAAAUUCGUGAUAAGCGGGUUACUAAAAGAGGAAGCACGGAGUACCUAAUCAAAUGGAAAGGAUACCCAGAACAUGAAAAGACCUGGGAGCCGCCAGAGAAUCUACAGUGCUACUCAAUGAUUUCUGAAUUCGAAGAGGCUCAUUCGAAGAAGGAGAUCCGCAGAUUCAAGCGGCCUAAAAACCCCGAGGACAAGGACGGUUUUGAUUUCAAAUACACGGCGAAGCGAAUCAUGGGAGUAUCACAUGAUGACGAUGGAAGAAUUCUCUUUCUCAUUCGAUGGAUAACAGAUAAAGGCGAGAAAGACGUUUCUUUUGUCUACGCAAGCAGAGCAAACGAUCAUAUUCCCAGCCUCGUGAUUGAUUUUUACGAAUCGAAGCUGACCUGGCACAAGCAGUACCGCGUAAGCAAGAAGAAGACGUAA